UGUGAUUAUCUCCAAGUGGUGGGAUUUUGUAUUCUUUUAUUUUCUUUAUCUGUGUUUAUCUAUGUUUUCUCAUUUUUCUCAAUGAACAUGCAUUACUUGUGAAUUCAAAAUAAUUUGGCUUUGAGAUCUAUUACAUGUGUUAGCAGCAGACUUACUAUUUGAUAUGAGUGUGCCCUUAUUCUAUUUCAGCUGAAAUUAUUUGAAGUUGUCUUCAUUAUUUCCUUCGAGUAUUCUUUUGUAGAGUUGCUAAAGAAAAAUCAUAAAACUAAAAGGCAAGAAAAGCAACUGGACUAGAUACUUAGAGAAUUAGAUAAGUUUGGAUAAAAUAGGCAUAAUGGAUAGCUAGAAGAUAGAGUUUGACUUUCCUUUUUUCAAUGAAUUAAUUUGUUUGUCUUCCAUUUUUAAAAGCAUGCUUGUCCUAUUUUCAAUGAAGAAUUGCUUCAAGUUACUUUCUAACCACAAAGUCCCAACAGCUGGCUUUAAAAACACAGUAAAAAAUGGGCUAAUUUUACAGUCAGUUUCCAAUGAUGUUUAUCAAAAUCUGGCUGUAGAAGACUGGAUCCAUGACCAUAUGAAUCUAGAAGGCAAGCCAAUUCUUUUCUUUUGGAGAAAUUCUCCCUCUGUUGUAAUUGGUAGGCAUCAGAAUCCUUGGCAGGAAUGUAACCUGAAUCUGAUGCGAGAAGAAGGAAUAAAACUGGCUCGGAGAAGGAGUGGAGGAGGAACCGUCUACCAUGAUAUGGGUAAUAUCAAUUUGACUUUCUUUACAACCAAAAAGAAGUAUGAUAGAAUGGAAAAUAUGAAAUUAGUUGUGAGAGCUAUGAAUGCUGUCCAACCCCAGCUGGAUGUACGGGCUACCAAAAGAUUUGACCUUUUACUUGAUGGACAGUUUAAAAUCUCAGGAACAGCUUCUAAGAUCGGCCGGACUACUGCUUAUCACCACUGCACUUUAUUAUGUAGUACUGAUGGGACCUUCUUGUCUUCUUUACUAAAGAGCCCCUACCAAGGGAUCAAGAGCAAUGCCACUGCUAGCAUACCUUCUGUAGUUAAAAAUCUUUUGGAAAAAGAUCCGACUCUGACCUGUGAAGUACUGGUGAAUGCUAUUGCUGCAGAGUAUGCUGCUUAUCAUCAAAUUGAUAAUCACAUUAACCUAAUAAACCCAACUGAUGAGACAUUGUUUCCUGGAAUAAAUAGCAAAGCCAAAGAACUGCAAACUUGGGAGUGGAUAUAUGGCAAAACUCCAAAGUUUAGUAUAAACACUUCCUUUAAUAUAUUAUAUGAACAGUCACACUUGGAAAUUAAAGUAUUCAUCGAUAUAAAGAAUGGAAGAAUUGAAAUCUGUAAUAUUGAAGCACCUAAUCAUUGGUUGCCACUGGAAAUAUGCAACAAAUUAAAUUCAAGUUUUAUUGGCAGUAAGUUUUGCCCAAUCGAAACUAACAUGCUAACAAGUAUAUUACUGAGAACAUGUCCUGAAGACCGUAAACUACACAGUAAGUGGAAUAUACUCUGUGAAAAUAUUAAGGGAAUAAUGUGAUUCCAAGUAAAUUUCAUUAUGCUGACAAUUUCAGUGCAAAAAUAAAAUUUUGAAAUGCACAUUGGAUGUC